AUGAACAAGCAGAGAGAAAGAUUCCCAGUCGCACUCGGACGAGGUGGAAAAAAAGGCAGUGUGAGGUUGGUGAAUGGUGGGAGUCGCUGUGCUGGGAGAGUGGAGCUUCUUCAGGAUGCUCAGUGGGGAACAGUGUGUGGUGAUUAUUUAUGGGAUGUGGUCGAUGCUGCAGUGGUGUGUAGAGAGCUGCGCUGUGGGGACGCUCUAAAUGCACCAACUGCUGCUCACUUUGGCCCGGGAUCAGGACCAAUCUGGAUGUCUUAUGUGCGGUGUAGAGGAUCAGAGUCGACACUGAAGAACUGUGAAUCAGAUGGGAGGGAGGAUGGCUGUGGUCACAGUAAUGAUGCUGGAGUCACCUGUUCAGGUCAGGGUUCGAGACUCUCUGCUGGUCCUCACCGGUGCUCUGGGAGAGUGGAGGUGCUUCAUGGACGUUCCUGGUCCACAGUGUGUGAUGCUGACUUUGACCAGCAGGAUGCAGAGGUUGUGUGCAGAGAGCUGGGCUGUGGGAUUCCUGUGGAGGUGCUGGGAUCAGCUGCUUUUGGCCGAGGGGAGGGUCAGGUGUGGACAGAGGAGCUUCAGUGUAGAGGAAACGAAUCUGAGAUUUACUUCUGUCCAACAUCAUCUUCACUCAAACACUCAACCUGCUCCCAUGACAACGAUGUGGGAUUAAAAUGUUCUGCUCACACAGGGGCGCGGCUGGUGAACGGAUCGGACUCCUGUUCCGGUCGAGUGGAGCUCCAGUACCUCAGUGAGUGGGGCACAGUUUGUGCUGUAAGCUGGGAUAGGAGAGCUGCAGAUGUUCUCUGUGCACAGCUGGAUUGUGGGAGUGCUGUGACUGUGGUGGAGGUCGACUGGUUUGGGAACGGGAGUGGCCACAUCUGGGCUGAUGUGUUUGAUUGUCAGGGGAAUGAGACACACCUCUCACAAUGUGGCGUCUCAUCAUGGAGUCGAGCUGCAUGCUCUCAUCAACACGAUGCUGGAGUCAUCUGUAAUGGAUCAUCCGUGGCGUUUCAUGAGGGGCGAGUGCGGUUGUCUGGAGGGAGCGAGUGUCAGGGGGAGGUGGAGAUUUAUUUCAGGCAGGACUGGAGGAGAGUUCUCCUGGACUCGUGGAGUCUGUCUGAGGCGUCUGUGCUCUGCAGACAGCUGGGCUGUGGCUCCGUGCUGAACUACCGCUCCUCUCCAUCCACCACAGAACACAAACACAUGUGUGUAACGGGUUUCAGCUGCUCUGGGACUGAAGCUCAUCUGGGGAACUGCAGCAGAGCACAAAAUGUCAACUGCAGCUCCGGGGAACAGCUGUACAUCACCUGCUCAGGUAAGUUUAACUCAGACCCCAGGUCCAUCAGGCUGGUUGGUUCUGGUGGAGACUGUGCAGGAAGGCUGGAGGUUUUCCACAGCGGCUCGUGGGGGACAGUGUGUGAUGACUCGUGGGAUAUUGAGGAUGCGCAGGUGGUGUGCAGACAGCUGCAGUGUGGAGAGGCCCUCAGUACCCACAUACCAGCCUGGUUUGGUCCUGGAACUGGGUCCAUAUGGCUGAAUGAGGUGGAGUGUGAGGGGAACGAGACGUCCCUGUGGAACUGCAGAUUUCAGCAGUGUGAAGAGGGUGAAUGUGGACACCAGGAGGACGUAGGAGUCGUGUGCUCAGAGUUUAAAGAGAUCCGACUCACGGAGGGCUGUGAGGGGAAUCUGGAAGUGUUCUACAAUGGAACCUGGGGUAAUGUGUGUCACAAUCAGAUGGCUGAUGAGACAGGAAACAUGGUGUGUCGAGAGCUGAACUGUGGAAGACGUGGCAGUCUGUCAAACACUGCAGCGAGAGUAAAAUCUGCUCCGAACUGGCUGGAUUAUCUGAAGUGUAGGAAACACGACUCUAAUCUGUGGCAGUGUCCAUCUUCACCCUGGGGACAGAACCGCUGUGCUAAUGGUGAUGAGGUGGUUAAUAUUACCUGUACAGGUGGGUGGAUUCAGACUUUUCUGCUUCUGUCCUGCUCUUCAUUUCCCUCUCAGAAACAUUGCUCAAAGCGCUGGUCUCUCAGGCUGAGGGGAGAUAAGGGAAGCUGCUCUGGGAGGUUGGAGGUGUAUCAUAACGCUACGUGGGGCUCCGUUUGUGAUGAUCAGUGGAACAUCAGGAACGCUCAGGUGGUGUGCAGACAGCUGGGCUGUGGGUCGGCGCUGAGAGCUGAGAGGAAUGUUCCUGGUCCUGGUGAAGGGACGAUCUGGCUGAACAGAGUGAAGUGUCGAGGGGAUGAGAUUCACCUGUGGGACUGUCAUCAUUCCCUGAAGAAACACACUGACUGCUCUCAUGCUGGAGUCACCUGUGCAGGCAGUGUGAGGUUGGUGAAUGGUGGGAGUCGCUGUGCUGGGAGAGUGGAGCUUCUUCAGGAUGCUCAGUGGGGAACAGUGUGUGAUGAUUUUUACUGGGAUCUGGUCGAUGCUGCAGUGGUGUGUAGAGAGCUGCGUUGUGGGGACGCUGUAAAUGCAACACAAUACGGUGACUUUGGCCCGGGAUCAGGACCAAUCUGGAUGUCUUUUGUGGAGUGUACUGGAUCAGAGUCGACACUGAAGAACUGUACAUCACAUGGGAGGGGGGAACGAUAUGGCUGUCAUCACGGUCUUGAUGCUGGAGUCACCUGUUCAGGUCACAGAAAGCCGAGACUCUCUGCUGGUCCUCACCGGUGCUCUGGGAGAGUGGAGGUGCUUCAUGGAGGUUCCUGGUCCACAGUGUGUGAUGCUGACUUUGACCAGCAGGAUGCAGAGGUUGUGUGCAGAGAGCUGGGCUGUGGGAUUCCUGUGGAGGUGCUGGGAUCAGCUGCUUUUGGCCGAGGGGAGGGUCAGGUGUGGACAGAGGAGCUUCAGUGUAGAGGAAACGAAUCUGAGAUUUACUUCUGUCCAACAUCAUCUUCACUCAAACACUCAACCUGCUCCCAUGACAACGAUGUGGGAUUAAAAUGUUCUGCUCACACAGGGGCGCGGCUGGUGAACGGAUCGGACUCCUGUUCCGGUCGAGUGGAGCUCCAGUACCUCAGUGAGUGGGGCACAGUUUGUGCUGUAAGCUGGGAUAGGAGAGCUGCAGAUGUUCUCUGUGCACAGCUGGAUUGUGGGAGUGCUGUGGCUGUGGUGGAGGUCGACUGGUUUGGGAACGGGAGUGGCCUCAUCUGGGCUGAUGUGUUUGAUUGUCAGGGGAAUGAGACACACCUCUCACAAUGUGGCGUCUCAUCAUGGAGUCGAGCUGCAUGCUCUCAUCAACACGAUGCUGGAGUCAUCUGUAAUGGAUCAUCCGUGGCGUUUCAUGAGGGGCGAGUGCGGUUGUCUGGAGGGAGCAAGUGUCAGGGGGAGGUGGAGAUUUAUUUCAGGCAGGACUGGAGGAGAGUUCUCCUGGACUCGUGGAGUCUGUCUGAGGCGUCUGUGCUCUGCAGACAGCUGGGCUGUGGCUCCGUGCUGAACUACCACUCCUCUCCAUCCACCACUGAACACAAACACAUGUGUGUAACGGGUUUCAGCUGCUCUGGGACUGAAGCUCAUCUGGGGAACUGCAGCAGAGCACAAAAUGUCAGCUGCAGCUCCGGGGAACAGCUGUACAUCACCUGCUCAGACCCCAGCUCCAUCAGGCUGGUUGGUUCUGGUGGAGACUGUGCAGGAAGGCUGGAGGUUUUCCACAGCGGCUCGUGGGGGACAGUGUGUGAUGACUCGUGGGAUAUUGAGGAUGCGCAGGUGGUGUGCAGACAGCUGCAGUGUGGAGAGGCCCUCAGUACCCACAUACCAGCCUGGUUUGGUCCUGGAACUGGGUCCAUAUGGCUGAAUGAGGUGGAGUGUGAGGGGAACGAGACGUCCCUGUGGAACUGCAGAUUUCAGCGGUGUGAAGAGGGUGAAUGUGGACACCAGGAGGACGUAGGAGUCGUGUGCUCAGAGUUUAAAGAGAUCCGACUCACGGAGGGCUGUGAGGGGAAUCUGGAAGUGUUCUACAAUGGAACCUGGGGUAAUGUGUGUCACAAUCAGAUGGAUGAUGAGACAGGAAACAUGGUGUGUCGAGAGCUGAACUGUGGAAGACGUGGCAGUCUGUCAAACACUGCAGCGAGAGUAAAAUCUGCUCCGAACUGGCUGGAUCAACUGAAGUGUAGGAAACACGACUCUAAUCUGUGGCAGUGUCCAUCUUCACCCUGGGGACAGAACCGCUGUGAUAAUGAUGAUGAGGUGGUUCGUAUUACCUGUACAGGUGGGUGGAUUCAGACUUUUCUGCUUCUGUCCGUUGCCAUAAACUGCAAAAAGUGCUCUUCAUUUCCCUCUCAGAAACAUUGCUCAAAGCGCUGGCCUCUCAGGCUGAGGGGAGAUAAGGGAAGCUGCUCUGGGAGGUUGGAGGUGUAUCAUAACGCUACGUGGGGCUCCGUUUGUGAUGAUCAGUGGAACAUCAGGAACGCUCAGGUGGUGUGCAGACAGCUGGGCUGUGGGUCGGCGCUGAGAGCUGAGAGGAAUGUUACUGGUUCUGGUGAAGGGACGAUCUGGCUGAACAGAGUGAAGUGUCGAGGGGAUGAGAUUCACCUGUGGGACUGUCAUCAUUCCCUGAAGAACCACACUGACUGCUCUCAUGCUGGAGUCACCUGUGCAGAUGGAAAUUCCAGCAGUGUGAGGUUGGUGAAUGGUGGGAGUCGCUGUGCUGGGAGAGUGGAGCUUCUUCAGGAUGCUCAGUGGGGAACAGUGUGUGAUGAUGGCUGGGAUCUGGACGAUGCUGCAGUGGUGUGUAGAGAGCUGCGCUGUGGGGACGCUGUAAAUGUGUGGUCUGAGGCUCACUUUGGAGAAGGAUCAGGACCAAUCUGGAUGGAUGAAGUGGCGUGUGGAGGAUCAGAGUCGACACUGAAGAACUGUACAUCAGAUGGGUGGGGGAAACAUAACUGUGGUCAUGGUGAAGAUGCUGGAGUCACCUGCUCAGGCAGUGUGAGUGUGAGGUUGGUGAAUGGUGGGAGUCGCUGUGCUGGGAGAGUGGAGCUUCUUCAGGAUGCUCAGUGGGGAACAGUGUGUGGUGAUGGCUGGGAUCUGGUUGAUGCUGCAGUGGUGUGUAGAGAGCUGCGCUGUGGGGACGCUGUAAAUGCAACACAAUAUGCUCACUUUGGAGAAGGAUCAGGACCAAUCUGGAUGGCUGGUGUGGAGUGUAAUGGAUCAGAGUCGACACUGAAGAACUGUAGAUCAGGAGGAAGGGGGAAACAUAACUGUAGUCAUGGUGAAGAUGCUGGAGUCACCUGCUCAGGCAGUGUGAGGUUGGUGAAUGGUGGAAGUCGCUGUGCUGGAGUGGAGGUUCUUCAGGAUGGUCAGUGGGGAACAGUGUGUGAUGAUGAGUGGGAUCUGGUCGAUGCUUCAGUGGUGUGUGGAGAGCUGCGCUGUGGGGAGCCUGUAAAUGCACCAACUGCUGCUCACUUUGGCCCGGGAUCAGGACCAAUCUGGAUGGAUAAUGUGGCGUGUAGUGGAUCAGAGUCGACACUGAAGAACUGUAGAUCACUUGGGUGGGGUGUAAAUUACUGCAAUCAUAGAGAAGAUGCUGGAGUCACCUGCUCAGGUCAGGGAUUGAGACUCUCUGCUGGUCCUCACCAGUGCUCUGGGAGAGUGGAGGUGUUUCAUGGAGGUUCCUGGUCCACAGUGUGUGAUGCUGACUUUGACCAGCAGGAUGCAGAGGUUGUGUGCAGAGAGCUGGGCUGUGGGAUUCCUGUGGAGGCUGGAUCAGCUGCUUUUGGCCGAGGGGAGGGUCAGGUGUGGACAGAGGAGCUUCAGUGUAGAGGAAACGAAUCUGAGAUUUACUUCUGUCCAACAUCAUCUUCACUCAAACACUCAACCUGCUCCCAUGACAACGAUGUGGGAUUAAAAUGUUCUGGCAGUGUGAGGUUGGUGAAUGGUGGAAGUCGCUGUGCUGGGAGAGUGGAGGUUCUUCAGGAUGGUCAGUGGGGAACAGUGUGUGGUCGUGGCUGGGAUAUGAGAGAAGCUGCAGUGGUGUGUAGAGAGCUGGGCUGUGGGGAGCCUGUAAAUGCACCACAAUAUGGUGACUUUGGAGCGGGAUCAGGACCAAUCUGAAUGGUUUAUGUGUGGUGUAGAGGAUCAGAGUCGACACUGAAGAACUGUAGAUCAGAUGGGAGGGGGGAUUACUGUGGUCACGGUCGUGAUGCUGGAGUCACCUGUUCAGACGGUGUGAGGUUGGUGAAUGGUGGAAGUCGCUGUGCUGGGAGAGUGGAGGUUCUUCAGGAUGGUCAGUGGGGAACAGUGUGUGGUGAUGACUGGGAUCUGGACGAUGCUGCAGUGGUGUGUGGAGAGCUGGGCUGUGGGGGGCCUGUAAAUGCAACACAAAACAGUGACUUUGGAGCGGGAUCAGGACCAAUCUGGCUGGUUGGUGUGCAGUGUAGAGGAUCAGAGUCGACACUGAAGAACUGUAGAUCAGAUGGGAGGGGGGAUUACUGUGGUCACGGUCGUGACGCUGGAGUCACCUGUUCAGGCAGUGUGAGGUUGGUGAAUGGUGGAAGUCGCUGUGCUGGGAGAGUGGAGGUUCUUCAUGAUGGUCAGUGGGGAACAGUGUGUAAUGAUUUCUGGGAUACGAGAGAAGCUGCGGUGGUGUGUAGAGAGCUGCGCUGUGGGGAGCCUGUAAAUUUUCGGUAUAAGGCUCACUUUGGACGAGGAUCUGGACCAAUCUGGAUGGAUGAUGUGAACUGUAGAGGAUCAGAGUCGACACUGAAGAACUGUACAUCAGCAGGGUUGAGGAAAAAUGACUGUAAUCAUGGUGCAGAUGCUGGAGUCACCUGCUCAGACGGUGUGAGGUUGGUGAAUGGUGAAAGUCGCUGUGCUGGGAGAGUGGAGGUUCUUCAGGAUGGUCAGUGGGGAACAGUGUGUAGUCUUGCCUGGGAUUGGAAAGAUGCUGCAGUGGUGUGUAGAGAGCUGAGCUGUGGGGAGCCUGUAGAUCUGCGGUUUUGGACUGGGUUUGGGCGAGGAUCCGGACCAAUCUGGAUACACGAUUUGUACUGCAGAGGAUCAGAGUCAACACUGAACAACUGUAGCUCACAAGGGGGACAUGUCUGUAAUCAGAAUACUAAUGCUGGAGUCAUCUGUUCAGGUCACAUAAGGCCGAGACUCUCUGCUGGUCCUCACCGGUGCUCUGGGAGAGUGGAGGUGUUUCUUGGACGUUCCUGGUCCACAGUGUGUGAUGCUGACUUUGACCAGCAGGAUGCAGAAGUUGUGUGCAGAGAGCUGGGCUGUGGGAUUCCUGUGGAGGUGCUGGGAUCAGCUGCUUUUGGCCGAGGGGAGGGUCAGGUGUGGACAGAGGAGCUUCAGUGUAGAGGAAACGAAUCUGAGAUUUACUUCUGUCCAACAUCAUCUUCAUUCAAACACUCAACCUGCUCCCAUGACAACAAUGUGGGAUUAAAAUGUUCUGCUCACACAGGGGCGCAGCUGGUGAACGGACCGGACUCCUGUUCCGGUCGAGUGGAGCUCCAGUACCUCAGUGAGUGGGGCACAGUUUGUGCUGUAAGCUGGGAUAUGAGAGCUGCAGAUGUUCUCUGUGCACAGCUGGACUGUGGGAGUGCUGUGGCUGUGGUGGAGGUUGACUGGUUUGGGAAUGGGAGUGGCCGCAUCUGGGCUGAUGUGUUUGAUUGUCAGGGGAAUGAGACACACCUCUCACAAUGUGGCAUCUCAUCAUGGAGUCGAGCUGCAUGCUCUCAUCAACACGAUGCUGGAGUCAUCUGUAAUGGAUCAUCCGUGGCGUUUCAUGAGGGGCGAGUGCGGUUGUCUGGAGGGAGCGAGUGUCAGGGGGAGGUGGAGAUUUAUUUCAGGCAGGACUGGAGGAGAGUUCUCCAGGACUUGUGGAGUCUGUCUGAGGCGUCUGUGCUCUGCAGACAGCUGGGCUGUGGCUCUGUGCUGAACUACCGCUCCUCUCCAUCCACCACUGAACACAAACACAUGUGUGUAACGGGUUUCAGCUGCUCUGGGACUGAAGCUCAUCUGGGGAACUGCAGCAGAGCACAAAAUGUCAGCUGCAGCUCCGGGGAACAGCUGUACAUCACCUGCUCAGGUAAGUUUAACUCAGACCCCAGGUCCAUCAGGCUGGUUGGUUCUGGUGGAGACUGUGCAGGAAGGCUGGAGGUUUUCCACAGCGGCUCGUGGGGGACAGUGUGUGAUGACUCGUGGGAUAUUGAGGAUGCGCAGGUGGUGUGCAGACAGCUGCAGUGUGGAGAGGCCCUCAGUACCCACAUACCAGCCUGGUUUGGUCCUGGAACUGGGUCCAUAUGGCUGAAUGAGGUGGAGUGUGAGGGGAACGAGACGUCCCUGUGGAACUGCAGAUUUCAGCGGUGUGAAGAGGGUGAAUGUGGACACCAGGAGGACGUAGGAGUCGUGUGCUCAGAGUUUAAAGAGAUCCGACUCACGGAGGGCUGUGAGGGGAAUCUGGAAGUGUUCUACAAUGGAACCUGGGGUAGUGUGUGUCACAAUCAGAUGGAGCAGGAGGUAGAAACAGCAGACAUGGUGUGUCGAGAGCUGAACUGUGGAAGACGUGGCAGUCUGUCAAACACUGCAGCGAGAGUAAAAUCUGCUCCGAACUGGCUGGAUUAUCUGAAGUGUAGGAAACACGACUCUAAUCUGUGGCAGUGUCCAUCUUCACCCUGGGGACAGAACCACUGUGAUAAUGGUGAUGAGGUGGUUCAUAUUACCUGUACAGGUGGGCUGAGGGGAGAUAAGGGAAGCUGCUCUGGGAGGUUGGAGGUAUAUCAUAACGCUACGUGGGGCUCCAUUUGUGAUGAUCAGUGGAACAUCAGGAAUGCUCAGGUGGUGUGCAGACAGCUGGACUGUGGGUCGGCGCUGAGAGCUGAGAGGAAUGUUACUGGUUCUGGUGAAGGGACGAUCUGGCUGAACAGAGUGAAGUGUCGAGGAGAUGAGAUUCACCUGUGGGACUGUCAUCAUUCCCUGAAGAACCAGGCUGACUGCUCUCAUGCUGGAGUCACCUGUGCAGGCAGUGUGAGGCUGGUGAAUGGUGGAAGUCGCUGUGCUGGGAGAGUGGAGGUUCUUCAUGAUGGUCAGUGGGGAACAGUGUGUGAUGAUGACUGGGAUAUGAGAGAAGCUGCAGUGGUGUGUAGAGAGCUGUGCUGUGGGGAGCCUGUAAAUGUUCGGUAUGAAGCUUACUUUGGGCGAGGAUCCGGACCAAUCUGGAUGGUUGAUGUGUCCUGUAGAGGAUCAGAGUCGACACUGAAGAACUGUACAUCAGCAGGGUUGGGGAAACGUUACUGUGAUCAUGGUGAAGAUGCUGGAGUCACCUGCUCAGGUAAAUUGGUUUUAAUCUUAAUGUUGAUGAAUGGUGGAAGUCGCUGUGCUGGGAGAGUGGAGGUUCUUCAGGAUGGUCGGUGGGGAAGAGUGUGUAGUUCUGCCUGGGAUGUGAAAGAUGCUGCAGUGGUGUGUAGAGAGCUGCGCUGUGGGGAGCCUGUAGAUCUGUGGGAUUGGGCUGAUUUUGGACGAGGAUCAGGACCAAUCUGGAUACACGAUUUGUACUGCAGGGGAUCAGAGUCAACACUGAACAACUGUAGCUCACAAGAGGGACAUGCCUGUGGUCAUGUUAGUGAUGCUGGAGUCGUCUGUUCAGGCAGUGUGAGGUUGGUGAAUGGUGGAAGUCGCUGUGCUGGGAGAGUGGAGGUUCUUCAGGAUGGUCAGUGGGGAACAGUGUGUGGUGAUGGCUGGGAUCUGGACGAUGCUGCAGUGGUGUGUGGAGAGCUGGGCUGUGGGGGGCCUGUAAAUGCAACACAAAACAGUGACUUUGGAGCGGGAUCAGGACCAAUCUGGCUGGUUGGUGUGCAGUGUAGAGGAUCAGAGUCGACACUGAAGAACUGUAGAUCAGAUGGGAGGGGGGAUUACUGUGGUCACGGUCGGGAUGCUGGAGUCACCUGUUCAGAUGGCGUGAAGUUGGUGAAUGGUGGAAGUCGCUGUGCUGGGAGAGUGGAGCUUCUUCAGGAUGCUCAGUGGGGAACAGUGUGUGGUGAUGACUGGGAUCUGGACGAUGCUGCAGUGGUGUGUGGAGAGCUGGGCUGUGGGGGGCCUGGAGAUGCACCACAAAACAGUGACUUUGGAGCGGGAUCAGGACCAAUCUGGCUGGUUGGUGUGCAGUGUAGAGGAUCAGAGUCGACACUGAAGAACUGUAGAUCAGAUGGGAGGGGGGAUUACUGUGGUCACGGUCGGGAUGCUGGAGUCACCUGUUCAGGCAGUGUGAGGCUGGUGAAUGGUGGAAGUCGCUGUGCUGGGAGAGUGGAGGUUCUUCAUGAUGGUCAGUGGGGAACAGUGUGUCAUAAUGGCUGGGAUAUGAGAGAAGCUGCAGUUGUGUGUAGAGAGCUGCGCUGUGGGGAGCCUGUAAAUGUUCGGUAUUUUGCUCACUUUGGACGAGGAUCCGGACCAAUCUGGAUGAAUGCUGUGAAGUGUAGAGGAUCAGAGUCGACACUGAAGAACUGUACAUCAAGAGAGUUGGGGAAAAAUAACUGUAAUCAUGGUGCAGAUGCUGGAGUCACCUGCUCAGACGGAGUGAGGUUGGUGAAUGGUGGAAGUCGCUGUGCUGGGAGAGUGGAGGUUCUUCAGGAUGGUCAGUGGGGAACAGUGUGUAGUUCUGCCUGGGAUGUGAAAGAUGCUGCAGUGGUGUGUAGAGAGCUGCACUGUGGGGAGCCUGUAGACCUGCGGUAUUGGGCUGAGUUUGGACGAGGAUCAGGACCAAUCUGGAUACACGAUUUGUACUGCAGAGGAUCAGAGUCAACACUGAACAACUGUAGCUCACAAGGGGAACAUGCCUGUGAUCAUGUGAUUGAUGCUGGAGUCGUCUGUUCAGGUAAACUGUUGUACUUACUCUCUGCUGGUCCUCACCGGUGCUCUGGGAGAGUGGAGGUGUUCCAUGGAGGUUCCUGGUCCACAGUGUGUGAUGCUGACUUUGACCAGCAGGAUGCAGAGGUUGUGUGCAGAGAGCUGGGCUGUGGGAUUCCUGUGGAGGUGCUGGGAUCAGCUGCUUUUGGCCGAGGGGAGGGUCAGGUGUGGACAGAGGAGCUUCAGUGUAGAGGAAACGAAUCUGAGAUUUACUUCUGUCCAACAUCAUCUUCACUCAAACACUCAACCUGCUCCCAUGACAACGAUGUGGGAUUAAAAUGUUCUGCUCACACAGGGACGCGGCUGGUGAAUGGACCGGACUCCUGUUCUGGUCGAGUGGAGCUCCAGUACCUCAGUGAGUGGGGCACAGUUUGUGCUGUAAGCUGGGAUAUGAGAGCUGCAGAUAUUCUCUGUGCACAGCUGGAUUGUGGGAGUGCUGUGGCUGUGGUGGAGGUCGAAUGGUUUGGGGAGGGGCGUGACCCCAUCUGGGCUGAUGUGUUUGAUUGUCAGGGGAAUGAGACACACCUCUCACAAUGUGGCGUCUCAUCAUGGAGUCGAGCUGCAUGCUCUCAUCAAAACGAUGCUGGAGUCAUCUGUAAUGGAUCAUCCGUGGCGCUUCAUGAGGGGCGAGUGCGGUUGUCUGGAGGGAGCGAGUGUCAGGGGGAGGUGGAGAUUUAUUUCAGGCAGGACUGGAGGAGAGUUCUCCUGGACUCGUGGAGUCUGUCUGAGGCGUCUGUGCUCUGCAGACAGCUGGGCUGUGGCUCCGUGCUGAACUACCGCUCCUCUCCAUCCACCACUGAACACAAACACAUGUGUGUAACGGGUUUCAGCUGCUCUGGGACUGAAGCUCAUCUGGGGAACUGCAGCAGAGCACAAAAUGUCAACUGCAGCUCCGGGGAACAGCUGUACAUCACCUGCUCAGGUAUCUUUGACUCCGCCCACAGCUCCAUCAGGCUGGUUGGUUCUGGUGGAGACUGUGCAGGAAGGCUGGAGGUUUUCCACAGCGGCUCGUGGGGGACCGUGUGUGAUGACUCAUGGGCUAUUGAGGAUGCGCAGGUGGUGUGCAGACAGCUGCAGUGUGGAGAGGCCCUCAGUACCCACAUACCAGCCUGGUUUGGUCCUGGAACUGGGUCCAUAUGGCUGAAUGAGGUGGAGUGUGAGGGGAACGAGACAUCCCUGUGGAACUGCAGAUUUCAGCGGUGUGAAGAGGGUGAAUGUGGACACCAGGAGGACGUAGGAGUCGUCUGCUCAGAGUUUAAAGAGAUCCGACUCACGGAGGGCUGUGAGGGGAAUCUGGAAGUGUUCUACAAUGGAACCUGGGGUAAUGUGUGUCACAAUCAGAUGGAUGAUGAGACAGUAAACAUGGUGUGUCGAGAGCUGAACUGUGGAAGACGUGGCAGUCUGUCAAACACUGCAGCGAGAGUAAAAUCUGCUCCGAACUGGCUGGAUCAUCUGAAGUGUAGGAAACAUGACUCUAAUCUGUGGCAGUGUCCAUCUUCACCCUGGGGACAGAACCGCUGUGAUAAUGAUAAUGAGGUGGUUCAUAUUACCUGUACAGGUGGGUGGAUUCAGACUUUUCUGCUUCUGUCCAUUGCCAUAAACUGCAAAAAGUGCUCUUCAUUUCCCUCUCAGAAACAUUGCUCAAAGCGCUGGUCUCUCAGGCUGAGGGGAGAUAAGGGAAGCUGCUCUGGGAGGUUGGAGGUGUAUCAUAACGCUACGUGGGGCUCCGUUUGUGAUGAUCAGUGGAACAUCAGCAACGCUCAGGUGGUGUGCAGACAGCUGGGCUGUGGGUCGGCGCUGAGAGCUGAGAGGAAUGUUCCUGGUUCUGGUGAAGGGACGAUCUGGCUGAACAGAGUGAAGUGUCGAGGGGAUGAGAUUCACCUGUGGGACUGUCAUCAUUCCCUGAAGAACCACACUGACUGCUCUCAUGCUGGAGUCACCUGUGCAGACAUAUCCACUGUAUCCUCUUCUGUGUUUCUGACUUCAGUAAGAGCCACUCAAACUCCUCCAUCAGCUGGAGCUCCAUCCAGCCCUCCACUGGUUCUCUUUGUGUUGGGAACGCUGCUCUUCCUGGCCUUAGUGCUUCUGCUGCUCCUGUUUUACCAGAACAGAGCGCUCAGGAGAGGUGUCUCUAAGACGAGGCGUAAGACUCAGCCUGAGGCAGUCUAUGAGGAGAUCAACCACAGAUCCAUCACUAGAAGAAACAGGAGCUCCACUCAAAGAGGAAGUCUCCUCUCUGAAGAACAGCAUUCUGGGUAUGAGCAUGUGGAUGAUGAGCUUCUCUCAGUCAAGUCUGGGAUCGGAGAAAAGGCGGAGUAUUAUGAUGAUGUCAUCGACACCAGUGACUUCAUAAGUGAUACAGGAAGAGUCGAGCCACCAGAGGACUACGAUGGUGCCAUCACUGCUGGACCGAUCCCUGAUAACGUGGAGGAGGAUGAAGCAGAGAAUUAUGAUGACGCCAUUCCAGCUGAUCAGAAGUCAGUUUUACUGACAGAGGACGUGUCCGAGAACUACGAUGAUGCGGUUACCAUGGAAACAAACCCAAACAUCGUCACAGGUAAAUGA